AUGAGGCAAACUUCUCCUUGGGACGCGCAGGUGAACCUGCACAACACUCAUUAUUGGAGUACCACCAAUCCCCAUUGGCUUCGCCAGUCCCAUCAGCAAUACAAAUGGUCCCUCAACGUCUGGUGCGUCAUUUGCGACGGGACCCUCAUUGGACCCGUCUUCCCUGAUGGGACAUUGACCGCGGACAGGUACCUAAACGAGGUUCUUCAGGGCCCCGUGGAAGAGUUCUACGCAAACCUCCCACUCGCGCGAUAUGGCCAGCUGUGGUUUCCGCACGAUGGCGCUCCAGCACACAGGUCCAGCCCACCUCGAGCCUAUCUCGACCACGCAUUUCCGAACCAGUGGGGGGGAAGGUUCGGACCAGUGCCAUGGCCUGCCAGGUCCUCGGACCUUACGCCUAUGGAUUUCUUCUUAUGGGGAUAUGUGAAGGACCGCGUGUACGUCGAGGUCACGACAACACUUGCUGCCCUCAAGGCGAAGAUCACUCAAGUUUGCCGUGAAAUCCCCGAGGACAUGUUGCGGAGGGCGAUCGAGAACACAAUCAGGAGAUGCCGAUUUUGUGUGAUGACGCAAGGCGACCUCUUCGAGCACCUGCUCUGA